AUGAAGAGAUCUUCGUCAGGUCUCCAGGAGCCCCGGGGACUAAACGUUGCUCCUCAGCUUGAGAUGUCUGUCUCUCACCCGUCAUUCACUCCACUCUACAGAUACUACGCAAUGAUAUUUAUCGAUAAUGAGGGCCAUCUCCAAGUCGAAGAGUCUCAAUCUGUUCGGGAUCGUGGGUCUAGUUUGUUCACUCCGGAGGUCCGCCAGAAUUUCCUCGAGAUUCUAGGCGACCCAAUGUACUGUCGUCGGUCCACUCAGCCAACAUACCGUCCAUUGAAAUGCCUCAAGAGCAAUCAUCCCCUCAGGUCCGCUUCUAGUUGGCAUUUGACUGAUCAUGAUUCCGACAGCGAGGUUUUCAACGAUUCCGCUAGCAUAGUCUCCCUUAAAAUUGGAGAUACUGCAAAGAUAAUGGCUUACUAUGAACGCGCUUAUAGCGACUUCCAACAACUGAACUGCCGCAUGAUUGCCAAGGAAUUCGUCCGUGCCAUUGAGCCAAUGAAGCAAGUCAGACGUCCCUAUAUUGGGAAGGCACCGGAAGGAUUCCCAUCUGGCAUCAAAAAAAACCCAGAAGCGACUAAGCCCGAGUGGUGGCCCCCGGGUGUUAUGCACAAGGAGCCUGAUCACAUGAGGAAAGAGUACCGCCUCAAAAUGCUGAUUCACAUUACCUGCAAGCUCCGUAGCUAUGGCAUUACGUCCGAUAAGUUGAAGCAAGUCGCUAGAGACACCGAGCGGAAGUUGCCGGACCCGAAGCGCGCCGAGGUAAUCUAUGAGAUCCUUCGGGUUCGAAAGAUGCAAGAACAAUUUGAGAGAGGUGAAGUCGGUAAAUACAGUAUCCUCACGGUGAGCGCUUUGCGUUUGACUAAAACUUCUUAG